CAUUUUCCAUCUUACUAGUUUACCGGAUAUACAGUUAAGGCUCUGUACCAAUCUCUCUGCAAUUAGGUGAGAAAUAAUGUUAGUCCGGCAGACCGAAGGACACAAAACAACAGUCUUCCCUGUUGCCUGGCGACGAAAGUGCGCAACAAUCGAGACCGAUUAUUCUGCUCAGUUCCUCUUGACACGCAGCUUCUAAAUAUGAAUUAUUUUUCUUCAGUAGCACGGUAAGCACCUCACCCUGGUUCUUAUCUAAAAACUGUCCUUCGGGUGAGGAAUGGCUCCAGUCGUGGUUCACCGCCGAAAUUCCUUUAAGAGAAAUGCGUAGACAGGCGCUCAACAAUUGUGAAACAACUACGAGGAGCUAAUUUCUCCGACAAUCAGAUGCUAAAAAAACAGAGAUUUCUUAGGUGAAUGUCCUCAUGUACCGGAUGGCAACCAUAGGGGGCUGCCUCACCCUCGAAGAUGAUGAAAACUCUUGGAAAUAAGACACCCCUCGCUAGGCCGCAGACAGCCCAUCGGCACUGCGGGAGAAGUAGCUACACGCGACCAGUUCAAAGGAAAACAUGCUGGACCCCUUCAAACUUGCAAGAAAAUCAGCCUCCGGCCACGAUGAUGGUGGCGAAAGACCUUCAGGGUGACCUGCACAAUGAGAAGGUGCACCUGCCUUCUAUUGAAGACUAUCAGGCCAGCUGCCCAGGGACUAACACCUCAGCAGACCAUCCCAAAGCCAGCAGAUCUGCGCCUGCUACAAGGGGUGCUUGGACUCAAAGUGUUAGUUAUCCACCUAGCUCCAGUACUGGCACAUCUGACAGCACUCGACUGAAACUGCAACCAAAUACAUCCAUCCCUCCAUCUCCGGCAUCAGCCAGCAGUGCUUGCAGGUUUCUGCUUUCUCAGAGUCUGAGUGAACUUCACAAUAACACAUCUAUUGACCGAAUUAGUAGAGAAGUCCAGCGCAACAGUCCAGCCUUGGCCACCAGCGCAGGAGGGAAAUGCCCAUGGUACAUUGCCUUAUUGCACGAGAAGGAACAGAGUUUGCUGAUGCUCGGUGAUGAAAUCACCCGCCUCUCAGAGUUUGAGGCAGAAUGCGUGAGAAAGGACCAUGUGAUCGAGGCCCUUCAGGAGAAGGUGACAGAACUGACCCAUCAGCUGAGCCUGGCCCGGAAUGAGGAGGUCAUCAAGGCUCAGGCAGAACUGAUCCUGCGUUUAGGAGAAGAGAUCAAGCAUCUUAGGAGCUUUGAAGAGGAGGCAUCAAGGAAGGACACCCUGAUAGCUGGACUGAGGGAAGAAAUAGAGAUUUUAAAACGGGCCAGUCCUCAAUUUCAACGAGCAGCUGAGAUCUCCGAGAAUGAGGAGAAUGAUCCAAUAGACAACGAAACCGGGCUUGUGAAGUCUCAGCAUAAGAGCCCAGACACAUGGGAACUAAACUUAGACAAACGUAGUGAGAUGGACAAGAAUCAAGGGCUGGAGUCUGAAUUGCAGAUGAAAGAACUCAAAGCCACCAAUGAGAAGCUAGUGAAGGAGCUGCAGGAAAUGAAAAGCAACUACACAAUUUCUACUGGCACUGUGUGUUCCCUGCGGAGGAGCCUGUCUGCCCGAGAGACUGAGCUGGCAAAAGUCGGGCACAGGCAGGAGAGACUCAGGAGGGAGCUGAGAGACAGGAUGUCCCAACUACAAGCCAUGUCGAAAAAGUUUUCUUGUUUACGAGACGGGAAAAGAAAUGAAGAAUUGAUGGCAGAUUUAGAAAAGGAGAACUUCACACUGCAAAAACACAUAGCACAGCAGCAACAGGAGCUGUCAGAGGGAAACACAGUGGUGGCAGAGUUGAAGGCUCAACAACUCCAGCUGCAGCAGGAGCUGGUUACAGAGAGAACCAGGAUUAAAGAGCUGGAAAAAAACAGCAAGGAGUGUCAGGGCAAAAGGGACAGUCUCCAGCAACAACACAAUCAGGCCAAAGUCUCUCUGGAGCACCUUCAAUCCAGGUUUGAGAGAAUCCGUGGAAAGAUCAUCCAGGCUGCUUACUGUGCUCCCGGUGCCAAACCCCCUCACACCGAGAUCAGUGACUCUGAGCUUCUGUGCACAAUGCAGAAAAUAAUUGAUGACCGUUCUCAAUUUCACCAAAUGCUCACACAGAAAGGAGAGAAAGUGCCCCCCCUUUUCACCACAGAAACGCAACCAGUUGCUAAGCCUAAGCCCAUCUUAACCAGAAAGAGCUAAAAAUAUCUAAACGACCAGAAGACAGACUCCUACAUUCUGAAAAUAUGUUUUUGUUUAACAAAAGACAUUGCCUAAUGGUGUUGAUUUCUUAUGUGUAACUAAAAUCACACAUUUUUGGGGUAAUUGAAUACAAUUUUUUGGAACACCCUUACACAGAUGCAGCCUUUUUUGCAAGAGAUAAAAAUCACAUGGAACUGUUCUUGAGUUAAAAAAAUAUUGCUCUCAGUAUUGGUACCUGUGAUCAUAUUAAUAAUGAAAACAUGUUAGUAUUCAUAUUUUAUCUUGGAAUGACCUGUUAUUUUUUACUUCUACCCACCCAAUUUGAAUUGGUCAUUUCCAAAGACUCUGCCUUGUGCUUAUGAGCACUGUACCUGCAUGGGGACAAUAAGAACCUACUAAUAUGCUCCUCCAAUGUGGCCACUUUGGCACAGCUUGUGUCGUGGUGCAAGAUCUGCAGCUCCUUACAGGAGAGUUAGGACCAAGCAGAGAUACAGCAAGUCUCUCCGAGCAGCUCAACCUCCACUCCGAAUGACAAACAGUUUCAUAUGACGGAAAUUGCAUAUCUUUCUUAUCUUUUGACACAUUCCAUACUUCCAUAUUUGACAUAAUCCAGUUUAUAAGUACUCUCUAUGAAUAACAUCAUUCUGACUUAUGAAAUAUGGGCUAUCUCAGAAUCUCAUUAUUACAGCCCUAGACUUUUUCCAGACAAAGUUAGCAGAAUAGGAAGCUGGGAAUAAGAUAAUAAAAAAGAAAUUAACAUUAAGAUUUAAAAACCAUAUUUAUUAAAUUGAUAUAGUCCACAUUUACAAUUUUACACCACCUUGGAUGGAGGUGUUUGUCCUGUACCAGUAAGAUUUGAUGAAAUAUGAGGAAAUUCUUCUCGGAAAAUUGUUUCUGUUCCAGUUGCCAAAAAGAAAGGGUUGACUGCUGCA